AUGGCGGCCUUUUUGGGAGAGUCAUAUGAGCGUUUCUCCGUUCGUCUGCCAUAUUCCGAUAGUAAGAAAACGCAAUACCUGGAUGAGUAUAUGGAAGUUGGAAAAAAAGACCCAGAAACAGGAGAACUUACGCUGUUCAUCUUUUCAAAAGAAGAGAAGUUUGGUCUAGAAGUCACCCUAAAUGCAGGCUUUAACCACGGAUAUUAUGAUGGUGUUAUGGUAAAGCUAUCAGAUGUCAAUUCCGGGGAUGUUAUUUGGCAGAAGAAAUAG